CCCUUAUGGAACUCUCCUGUGCAACGAAGGCGUGUUAAGUUUGUAAUGUUGUGGUUCUUGUGAUUGUUAUUGUUGUUGUAGCAUGUGGAGGAGAAAAUAUGGAGGUGGAUGAGGAAAGACAACGUAUGGAAGACUUUGUACGCGAUUUAUUCUCCAAAACCAAAGAUUUCAACUUGCUGACCAAGAAGAUUGUGCGGAAGCAAUACUUACAGCACUCAAACAGAACCAGUUUGAAUUCCGAGCAAAAGACUCUCCUUACCGACGUUAUCAUCAAGUUGUUGUUUGAAUUCAAUGUAGGAAAAGAUAAAUCUGCAGAUGAAGAUGACAGAAACACUGAGAUGAAAGACACAACAUCAUCAAAAGCAUCAGAAACGACAGUCUUACCAGAGAACACGAGCACGAUGGAGAUAUCAGAUAGCGCCAGAGAAAAAUCAGGCAGUGGUGCCCAAAAUGGAAGUGAGUUGCCAAAAGAAGCAGGGUCUGUUGAUGAUGUUGAUGAUGAUGAUGAUGAUUGUGAUGGUGAUGGUAGUUGUGAGAUUAAUGGUGAUGCUGCUAAUUGUAAGGCUGGUGCCAAGGAUGAUCAAAAUAUUGGAACUGACCGAAAAAAUGAUGUCAGUUUGGAGAGUGAUGCCAAAAGUGUUGAUAAUGUCAAAAGCAGUGAAGAUAACUAUGGUGAUGUAAAAGAUGAGGUAGAUCUGGAGACUGAUGCAGUCAAAGAAGAUGAAGAUGAUGUUAGUGGUGGUGGGAGUGAUGGGAAUUUGCAGGAUGCUGUGCAUGGAAGUUCAAAAAUGAUGAGUAAGACAAUUGGCAUGAGUCAUUCUCGAAGAAACAUUCGAGUCAUUGCCAAACCAACUCAGAAAGAAUUGACAUCUGUACAACAAAGUGGUAAGAAAAAAUCAUCUCUCAUUGUUGCAGAAACCAGCAUAGUUCUCCCAGAUGCUGAUGCUGACGUGUCUUGUAACGAUGACAGAAAUGAUUUAAAGGUCUCUGAGGAAAAAGAAUGCCAAAUCUCAUCGUCUCUGAAACCUUGUACAGAAGAUAAAUCAGGAAAAUUGGUGAUGGUUCCAAAUUCAAAGAGAUUGUCAGCAUUUGAGGUUCUUCAGUCUGUUUUUGAAGACAGCAGUGAUGCUGUCACCAGUUUGCACAGUGAUGAGGAUGUAGAACAAGAGACGGAUGAGUCAGUUGUGAAAAAUGUUUCACGUAUCAGGAACACACCGUUCUCAUUACUUUCCAGCGAUAGCCAGGAAGUGACUGCGGAGAAGAAUAAUGUUAUGAAGGAGAUGGGCACACCAGUUCGUAGCCGCCCUUACAAAGCAUCCCUUGAGUCAGGUAAUGUUAGUUCCGAUAGUGCUUUCACACCGCCAGCCAAGCUGAAGAAGCUAAUACAGGUAAGUGAUUCAUCUGAGUCAAAUAACAGUCCAAUUAGAAUUCGUCUGUUUCGGAACCGUAUCAUAAACAGUACCCUGGGAAAUGUGAAGUCAAAGAAAGCCAAGAAAAUCAUCACCAGUGAUUCCGAUAGCAAAAGUCCAUUCAAAGUGGAGAACAUAGAGGAAAGUGAUCCCGAAAGUCCAGUGUUGAAUACUUCACGAAUGAAAUGGUCUUCCGGUCAAGCAUUGAAAAGUGGACAGUCCAAGAAUCAAGCAACAGCAUGUGAUAAUAACAGAACACAGAAAACGGUGAAGCCAUUCAAAAUUUCUUUGUCUAAAAAGGAAAUACUUAAAGACUCAGACUCUGAUUCUGAUUCCAGUUCUGAUCUUAAUAGAAAAACGAUCAGAAGAAAAAGAAGAAAAUUGUCCGAUUCUCAAGAUGAACAGCCACAACAAUUAGUUUCUUCAGCAUCAUCGUCACAUUCAGAAUUCGAAUCUGAUGACCUGAAACUUUCGCAAAUCAAACUGUUAUAUUCUCAGAAUCAAAAACGGUCGAGCAGUUCAGACAGUGAUGAGGAUCUACUAAUUAAUUACGCAGCUGGUGGUGCCAAGCACCAUCUUGCUUCCAAAGAAUCAAGCAAUAAAUCUUGUGGUAAAAGUGGGCAAGGUGGUUGUGCCUUCACGUCCAAAGUAAAGAUUAUUCGUGAGAAAGGACUAUACAGCUCUGACAGUGAAAACCCAGCAUCCAGAUCCUUGAAUGCUGGAAAAGAAGGUGCUGAUAAUUCCAUUUACACUAUGCGCAUUAUUCGAGAGAAUGUGCCUGUCAAUUCUGAAAGUGAUAACGCAUUGCAAAAUGAUUUGCCUACUUGUGAUACAGCAGCAACAACGAUGACGACAAAAGGUGAUGAUAGGAUGGAUGAUGACAAGCUUUCUCCAAAGGCAUCAGCUGAAGUAAAGGACAGUGACGAAGGUGAUUCCAAGAAUGGAUGUAAUGGGCAAGAGGAAGAGGACACAGACUCGGACACUUCAUCGUUGUCGUCAUCACUGUCAUCAUCAUCAAAUAUGUCAUGCACCAAGAAAAACACCAGUACAAAGAAGGUCAGUGCUAAAGUGACGACCGAUUCUGUUGAAGAAAGCUCUCAGGUGAAACUGUUUCGAAGAAUCUGCCGAGCUGCAGAACUCUUUGUCAAUUAUAAGAAAGAAUUCCAAGAUUUGAAGACAAACAAACAGAAAUGUAAACGCUUGAGAGAAAUAUUAAGAGAUGCUGGUAUGACAGGCCGUCCAACAUUGAAGGCUGCGGAAAGAAUACGUUUGUUGCGUGAAGCUAAACAGCUAAACAAGGACAAUAUUAUAUCUUGUGAUUCAGGUCGAUCCCGUCGGAAACGAAAAGGGUUUUUCUCUGUGGAAAAUUCUCCUGCUAAAAUAGUAAAAUCUAAGCCCGAAAGCUUCCAUAACCUGAAAGGAAUUGUGGACAGUGAAGGGUCUGGAAGCGAUACGGAAACAUAGACCAAACAAAACUAAAUAAAAGGAGCCAAAGAUGCCAUAAACAAUCCCUGUGAUAUUGUAGGAAAAGAUUCUACUUGACUCUUGAAAUGACUCUCUCUCUCUCUCUUUCUUCAUUUGAGUUCUUCCUGCCCCCCAUGGACGUCUUCUUAUUCUUCCUGCACCCACCCCCACUUUCCAACAAACACCCAUUGCAUAUUUGCACACCACACACACACACACACACACAAUGUUUAAGAUUCAAGUACACACACACACACAUACAUGACAGAUUAUUUACACACAUAAUUUCAUUCUCUCUCAAUCACACUUACACACGUCCAACCCACAUUUAUUCAUUCACGCACACACACACACACUUUGUAGUCCCAUCUUCCCACACUUACAUAUUCCACACACACAUACACAUUCUUUCUCACCCAGAUAUAUCGUCAACUAAAAGCAUUGUCUCACAAUUUUAUUGAUAUCUCUUUGUUCUUCGCUCUGUCUCUCUCUCUCUCUCUCCACUUCCCUCUUUCUGUCUGUUUUUCUCUCUCUCUCUUUCUGUUUGUUUUUCACCUCCAUUCUUCCUUGCUCUUUCUUUCUUUCCCUCUCUCUCACCUUCCAUUACUCUCUUUCUUUGUCUCUCCAUCUCUCUCUCACACAUACACAUUCUUUUUUGUUGUUUUACUAUUAAGCUUCAUGCCAGUAUCCUUUUUUUUUUAUUUGUUACAUCUAAACCAAGAUAGGUGAUUCAAUAAAAGUGUAAAAUCAGUAAAAAAAAAUUUUAAUAAACCAAAUCAAGGAAGGCCAGUUGUUAAAUGGGACCCCAGUAUAUUACUGGGUGCCUAUUGUCUCAAUGCUAUUGAUUGAUGGCAACAAAACUUCUCUUAAAUUGUGUGAGACAUUUUAAUACUGCAUGGCACUUUAGGGAAGCAUCUACUUCUGUGGCCCUGGCCUGACCAGUGCCUUAUUUAAUACUGGAGACAGAAGCUGUAGGAGGCCCAGUGGAGACAGACUGCUGUAAGGGGUGGUGUUAGUGCUGCAUUUAGACUGACCAUAGAUGAGGCAAAGGGAAUUGCACAAAUAAGGAGAGCUUGGCUUGCUGUCGUCCACUUUUCCAUGCUUUUGUGGACCGGACAGAAUUUUUGUCGAGGCUGUUUUUACCCUUUUUGUGGUCAGAUGCUCUUCGAGUUGUCAGCCCUCGCCUUUUUCCAAGCAAGGUGAUAUUUACCCACUGCGCCUCUCAACACAAACAUUACAAUUUACAGAUAUAUAUAUAUAUAUAUCUGUAAAUAAUAUGUGACAAAUAUUCGGUAGCCAUGAUAAAACUACCGAAUUAUUGUCAAAUAUUAUUUACAGAUAAAUUCCUCUAUUUACAUAAUAUCGAGGUCUCUUUCUUUUGUUGUCUUACCUUUUCUAUCUAUCUAUAUAUAAAAGAGGAUCAAAGAGCCUUCCCUAGCCAUAAGCUCUUAAGGCCAUUUUCCCAGAUUCUUUGGUGUAUAUAUUUCCUCACUCCCUGGAUGAGAUGCCAGUCUAUUGCAGGGUAACUCUCACUUUUGACAGUUAAGUGGACUGGAGCCAUGUGAAAUAAAGUGUCUUGCUCAAGAACACAGCAUUGACCAAUUGAAAUCACAUAAUCAGUCUGUCUUGCAAUGAGAUUUUAAUUUAGAUAUGAGCUAAAUCCUUUUAAAAGUGAGCCCUAAUGUGGAAACAGGUCUAAUUAAUAGCCUGUAAUAUAUCCCUUGGACAGGAAAAAAAAAAGGGGCCAUGGUUGCUUGAGAGUAUAUGGCAUGCUGUUAUUUAUAACUAUCUUUCAGACCUGACCUCAAUAUAUUUUACAUCUUCUCACAGAUUCUAUAUUUUCAUGAUGAAAUGUGGAUACUUCAGGUGGGUUGGUGCUAAAAUGCAUUAUUAAUUUAUAGCCACCCCACAAUGGUUACAAAGAGAGCAAAAGUCGAAAUAUCUCAGUUUCUCACACACCUUUUAAUAGUUGUGUUCUCAAGAUGGUGACACUAUUACAUAUGACAAUUAAAGUUAAAUGUCUCUCACAUGCCAUUCAUCAAUGACACAAACAGAUGUAUAUUUAAAGGCUAUAUAUAUAUAUAUAUAUAUAUAUAUUUUAGGGAUCAGCAAAAUAUUUGUUUCACCAUAUACCAAAGUUCAGAAAAUAGUAGCCAAAAAAGCUGAGAAUCUCACAGAUAGCAUCACUUGUAACUCACAAAAGUAAAAACAAGAAGAAAAAACAAUGAAAAACUAACCAAUUCAGAUGAUUAACAGCGUUGAAAUAAACAUCAAAGAUGCUUUGCCCCUCGCCCCCCGCCCCUACUCUAAUGCAGGAACUACUCAGAGGUUUUGCAAACUCUUCUAAAUCCAUUGCAAUAUUGAAAACCAUUCCGUAUCAUCAGCAGGUAUCUCAGGGUCACAAGGGUCUUGCUCCUUAGCUUGUGUACCUUACCUGAGUGAGGCAGCAAGGACCGAGCCAGUCUUUGCCCACAGAAAGGUUCCACUUGCUGUCUCAAGGGCUAGUUUCAGCUGCCAUG